AGCUACCGGGAAGAGAUGAAGGUGCUCCCCGCAUCUGGUCUCGCUGUCCUCUUCAUCACUACUUUGAAGUUUUCCACUGCAGCCCCCUCCCUAUUUGCAGCCACCUCCAGGACCUCGAGGAACAACUACCAACUUGCUCAGGCAUAUCUUGACAAGUAUUACACAAAGGAAGGAGGACACCAGAUUGGUGAGAUGGUUGCAAGAGGAGGCAAUGCCAUGGUAAAGAAGAUAAAGGAGCUGCAAGCAUUCUUUGGCCUCAAAGUCACCGGGAAGUUAGACCAGUUGACCAUAGACGUGAUCAAGAAGCCUCGCUGUGGAGUUCCUGAUGUGGCAAACUAUCGCCUCUUCCCAGGUGAACCCAAAUGGAAAAAAAAUACUUUGACAUACAGAAUAUCCAAAUACACGUCUUCCAUGAGUUCAGCCGAUGUGGACAAAGCAAUCGAGAUGGCCUUGCAGGCCUGGAGCAGUGCCAUCCCUCUGAGCUUUGUAAAAUUAAACACGGGAGAAGCAGACAUAAUGAUCUCUUUUGAAACUGGAGAUCACGGGGAUUCCUACCCAUUCGAUGGUCCUCGAGGGACUCUGGCCCAUGCAUUUGCACCUGGAGAAGGCCUGGGAGGAGAUACACAUUUCGACAAUGCUGAGAAGUGGACUAUGGGAAUGAAUGGCUUCAAUUUAUUCACUGUUGCUGCUCAUGAAUUUGGCCAUGCACUGGGCCUGGCCCACUCCACAGAUCCGUCAGCACUGAUGUAUCCAACUUAUAAGUACCAGCAUCCCUAUGGAUUUCGCCUCCCCAAGGACGAUGUGAAAGGGAUCCAGGCAUUGUAUGGACCUCGGAAAACAUUCCCAGGAAAGCCCACUGUGCCCCACGGCCCCCCACAAAAUCCAUCGACCCCUGACCUCUGUGACUCCAGCUCGUCCUUUGAUGCCGUGACAAUGCUGGGAAAGGAGCUACUUUUCUUCAAGGACCGGAUUUUCUGGCGGCGGCAGGCGCACUUGAUGGCAGGAAUCCGGCCCAGCACUAUUACCAGCUCCUUCCCCCAAAUAAUGGCCAAUGUGGAUGCAGCUUAUGAAGUGGCUGAGAGAGGCGCCGCUUACUUCUUCAAAGGUCCCCACUACUGGGUAACAAGAGGGUUCCAAAUGCAAGGUCCUCCUAGGAGUAUUUAUGACUUUGGGUUCCCAAGGUUUGUGCAGCAAAUAGAUGCUGCUGUCUAUCUCAAGAAUGCCCAGAAGACCCUUUUCUUUGUGGGAGAUGAAUACUACAGCUAUGAUGAAAGGAAAGGGAAAAUGGAAAAAGACUAUCCAAAGAACACUGAAGAAGAAUUUUCAGGAGUAAGUGGCCAAAUAGAUGCUGCUGUGGAAUUAAAUGGCUACAUUUACUUCUUUUCAGGACCAAAAGCAUACAAGUAUGAUACGGAGAAGGAAGAUGUGGUUAGUGUGCUGAAAUCAAGUUCCUGGAUUGGUUGCUAAAUAGAAAAGUCUAGUCUUUCCCCAAAAAUGAAGACUACAAGCAGCUGUAACUGGAUAUUAAGGACUGAAGCAGAAUGUAGGAUAGGGAUUCUUCCCACAGCCUUCGAUUCUAAGGGUAAUUUAGAGUUCAUUGAAGAUAAUCGUGCUUCUGGGUUUUAUCACAGCCAUGUAUUCAGAGAUUUAAUCCAAAAGAAAAACUCCUAUAUGGCCAACUUUAUACAAAAUCAGAAUCAACACAACACACUCUCUCCUAUUAGACACCUAUUAUUAUUUUCUUGCCCAAUGUAUUGAAGCAAAUUGUUUCCUUUGAAUUUUAUUCCUAGGAAGAAGCCUACUUGUGGAUUUUCUGAAACAUAA